AUGUCUUCACGACGACCCACGCAUCGCGGACCACAGCUAUCGCUGUCCGCAUCGAUCGACUUGGAUGUGGAAGGCGGGGCGAAUGCUAGGCUGGACGAAUCUUACGAUGCGGGAUGGAGGACGGAGGAUCUGCCAUGGUCUGCCAAAGGUCCAGCCAGCAGUCUGCCCACAUUGAAUGCGGUCCACAGCGCCAAAGCUCACCUCAGCUGGGCCAGGGAUGGAUGGGUGGACAGCAUGCGCUGGUCAGAGGCUGCACGCGUCAUUCGCAGGUGAGCAGGUUGCGCGGCUUGCAGAGCGGGCAUGGGCAUGGGCAUGUAUGCAGCGAGCAACAGCAGCGCAACGCUCGCAACAGCAGCACAAGGCUCGCAGCAGCAACACAACGCUCGCAGCAGCAACACAACGCUCGCAACAGCAACACAUUGCUCACAACACGCGCGCUGCCUUUGCUCCCCCUCCCUCAAGAUCGCCCGACGUUCGCAACGGUCUGGCCAAGGGAUCCAUCUUGUCCCUCGCGGUCGUCGGCGCCAUCUUCUUUUUUGAAAUCGCAUUCUUUCCCUCGCACCUCUUCCAAAGGCAGCAGGGCGAAUCAGCGACGGGAUUCGGUCAUGUGCGUCCAGGCCAGUAUAGGCAAGCUGACUGCGCUCACUGCGCUCACGCAUCUCACACUCAUACAUGCAGGUCUUUUUCCUCUAUCCGCUGCUGGGGCUGUGCUACUUUUUAGCUGCCAGCUGGACUGUGGAUGUGGCCAAUGCAGUGUACGCCAUUAGGAGGGGCAAUGUUGGUCAUCUGCGAGGAAUGAGCGUUGGCGUGGCCGAUGCCGUCAAGCUGCCAGCGGGGUGAGCGUCGAGAGUGGCCGAAGCGCCCAUCGAGUCGCUUUUUGGGCUCCAAGCUGACGGCGCCCAACUCACUCACGCAGCACAUCUCGACGCAUCUUGGAAGAAUCAUAUCGCGUCAUCUUGGUGCUCAACUAUGUCCUCAUUUGCUACCUGCUCGAUCUCGUGCCCUACAUUGGCAGACCGUUGGCCUUCUUCUUCAUGGUGGGUUGGGCGGCGCCCGCACACGCGUCUUCACUCUACAGCUCACCUCUACGCACCGCACCGCACUCGCACAGAGCUUCAUAGAUGCUUACUAUUGGUGCGUGCCGGAUGCUGAAAAAGUACAGACGAGCCAAGCGCCCGCUCAUACGCGCUCACUCUGUGCAGCUUCGAACAAGCCUGGAUUGCACGCGGAUGGAGUUUGGAUAGGGUGCGUGAGGCGUGGAGCGGCGAUGAGGACGAGCAGCUAAUCGUCGCCUUGGACCCCACAGAGGAUGAGAUAUGCAGAAUCUAGGUGGGCCUACUUUGUAGCCUGUGAGUGAGGCGGCAAGGCAUUGCCCAGAAUGCAUCAUUGACGCGCGUUGCCCUCCGCAGUCGGACUGCCCUCCACACUAGUCAGCUUUUUCCACCCCAGCCCUUUGCUGAACGUGAUGCUCUUCAUGGUCUGCUUUCCAUUUGUGAGUGUGUGCGCGUGGGUGCGGAGGCGCACACGCAGAGUCUUACUCGCAUGCCCCGGUAGUGCACCGUCCUUGCCAUGCUCGCAUCGCCCCAGCCUCGUGUGGCACCUACGGGCGGAAGCGCAAUGACACCAACGUCUGCCGGAGGUGCAGGAAUGUCGGGAGUCGCGCAGCUGUCCAGACUGCUGCCCCCUCGAUUGCCGAUAUUCUGGUUGACCAUACACGCUGUGAGUGGGCGUGUGCAUGUGCAUGCGCGCUAGCGUUCCAGCUCACGCGGGAGCGAGAUUACUUUUUUUUUUUAGCACCGAUUACUAUUGAAGGCCUUUCCACCGCCACCGGAGAGAGGCUACGUGCCGCCAGUGCCGAAUCGUUGGGGCAAUUCGCGCAAUGCUACUCCUGCGAGUAGAAUGUACGGCGUCGGAAUGGGCAUGGACUCGACUUCGUCCGGUGUGGAUGGACGCAGAAGCGCAGCGCAAGUUGUUGGAGGAGCGUGGGGCGCGGCGCCAACGGCAGCAGCAGCGAAUGGGGCCGCGACGCCCGCACAUGCGAAUGGCGCCUCGCACUUUGUAGCAGCACCGCAUGUCAAUGGCGCGUCGCACAUUCCACCGCCACCAAAAGGACCACCGAGGAUGACGCCAGGCAAGAAAAAGGAGUGA